AUGGUAACAAUCAACAAUGAGAUAGCAAACAACAUGAUGCGGAUUGCGAUAGCAGGCUCAGGUGGUAUGGCCCAGAUUCUCGCCCAUCAAAUAAACGAGACAGUACAUCCAUUCAUCAUAUUGUCAAGACAGGCUCGACCGGAUCUAGAGGUACACGGCUAUCAAGUAAUUGUAGUCAACUACGAUAAUCAGGAUGAUCUUCGUUUUCAUCUUCGGGGGAUAGAUCUCGUCAUUUCAACAGUAUCUGGGAACCCUCAGAUUAACCUUAUUGAUGCUGCCGCAAAUUCCCAUGUCCAACGCUUCGUCCCCGCAGAAUACCAAGAUAAAUUAGGGGGGCGGCCAACGAAUGACCCCUUGGAUCGCGGAAGGGCAGCGAGUAUUGAAAGACUUCGACAUUGGGCUCAUCACGCCCGUCAUCGGAUGCAAUAUACGGUAUUUAGUUGUGGAGUACUUUACGAACGGUUCGCCCGAGGAGGCUUAGCUUCAAUGGAUAUCGGCACUUCAACUGCACUCGGCUAUCAAGGCUCCUAUCUGAUGAAUAUGGAGAACAACACUGCAGAAAUCGUAGAACAUAGUUCGUCGGGGCAGCCCAUCUCAGUGUCCAUGACAUCUGCAAAUGAUGUGGCAAGGUUCAUCACAGCAGCUCUUGAUUUGGAUCAACGAAGAUGGCCUAUAGAAUUUAGAAUGCAGGGAGAUCGAAAAACUGUGACAGAGAUUGUGCAGUAUGCUGAGGUUGUCAAAGAAAGGCAAUUCUCCACAACAUUACUUGCAGCUUCAGCACUACCGGCAAAUCUCCAGGAAGCAGCGUAUUACCAGGAUCAUGCUAAAGCUGGUCGCAUGCAGGAACUGAUGGCCACUGAGCAGAGGAGAUACGACUUUUCGCAGGUCAACUUGAACCCUUUAGUCGACUUCCAACCAAUUUCGUUUUGGGAGUGGCUAAGCGCUCACUGGGCGCCUGUAUGGAUGUACCAAUAG